GGUAUAGCUUCUUGACAAUCGAUAACUUCUGCCAAGUAACGCUCUUAAUAUCGAAAAACGAUAGGUCCCGAUAGGCCCAUUUGGUUCCUGGUUCUUCCAAUCUUCUCGAGCUUUCCCAGGACCUGGUCAAGAUGCCCAUCACCGGGCUGUGCAUCGAGCUGCGCCCCAACUUACGCAGCGGCGUGGCCUUCCUGCAAUUCGACCAACAGGUUUCGCACAGCCACGAGACGCGCGUCGUCAUCCGGGACUACAAUGUUUACAUCAGCGAGAAACCUGAGAAUCGAGCGAUCGACUCGGAUUCCAGCUCCGAAAGCGACAGUGAGGACUCCGACGAGCUGCUGCUCAUCCGGCAUGACCAGUACGGUAUGGACAUUGGCUGCCUGUCCACGUUCUUGGCCGGUGGCAGCAACAUUAGUUUCCGCUUCAACUACAACGAGAUUGAUCUCACCAGCGUGGAUGGGAGCGCCGUGGAGGUGCCUUUGGUGCCACUGCUCCUCACAUGCCAGGAGAACGAGGCCAUCACUAUCAACUGUCGCGAUUGCCGUGCAGAAUUGGUGGCGGCCCAAAGCUAUCGCAGGCUGAGGGAGUUCCCUAGCUUUUUGGUGGAUCCCAGUGAGUUCUUUUGCCACAAUCAUGGACCAGCGGGCAAGACCCAACCAAUUAGCUUGGUGCCAGCCGAAACGGAUCUCUUCUAUGGCCUCAACUAUGUGGUCAUAAAUUUUAACGAAGCGAAUUCGCGCAUGCUCAAUCGCGAUGAUCACUUGUACUGUAAGCGCUGCAUGCGUUUUUUGGGACUGACCAUGUUCAAUGGCGCCGCCGCUCGCAUCUGGGCAGAUGCAGUGCGUUGGCUUCCCGCAGGAGCGGCGGCCACUGCCCCCGACCGCCACUUCUUCCAGAGCUCCACGCUGACGCAGCUGGUCAAGCGUCUGCUGUACUCGCUGUGGCCUCAACCGCUGCCUCAGCUUUGUUUGACCACCAGUCGUGCGGUGCUGGUCACCUCGUUGCCCAACCGGAAGCAACAAUACAUGUUUUUGCACGUGGUGGAAUCACAGCUGCGUGUGCUGCGCCGCAUUCGUCCGGAUUCAAAUCGACUGCGCUGCUAUCGCGCAUGCAAGCUGUACUACGGCGUUUUCGGAGCCAAUCCGCCGCUGAUGGAGAAGUGGCAGGCGCAGCAGACGCUGCCCCAGAUGGAUGUAUCACCGAACAUGUUUCUGGAGCUUCAGCAGCGGCUGGAGACGAACGGCAGCUUGAUUCCGGACGCCUGGCGCGUGAACUGCGCGGAGGAGCAGCUGCAGCUGUCGUACUUCUUCUAUGAGAACGAGGAGCAACCUGACGGCGGGGUCGUCACCUCGGAUGUGUUUCCAGAACAGAUGAGUCAGCUGAACGGCAAGCAGCUCAAUGAGGAAGAUCCAUACGAGACGGAUGCAGGACAUGCCAGCGAGAGCGAUGACGAGUACUCGGAUACGGACACCGCUUCGGAGGAUGCGGCGGUCCACUCGCUCGGCAAGCGGACACUUCUCAAGCGCAGUCCCACGCCACCGCGUUCUUGCGUCAAAAUGGCCACCUCCUCCCCGUCCGCUUCGCCGGAGGACAAGUAGUGCCCCAACCUAAUUUAACAAAAUUCAAGCAUAGCUUGUAAAUUAGAAACGCUGUACAAAGGCGAUAGAAUCAAUCCUAGCCGACUUGGCCCAGUAACUUGUCAAGAAACACUAAUUUUGGGAUGAUUUCUUUAAGUUACCCCUUGAUAAUCAAUUCCAUCCAAAAUACUCUGCUAUAUCUUUGAUUGAAGUCCUCAUAUCCUUCGCUUGUAUAUAGUUUGUUGUAUAUAGGCUUAGAAACAAUUAACAGCGCGCGGAAUUGAUAACGCCAAAGAAUACUUUUUGUUUUGUGGAGAAAAACUUGAUUUGAUUUUAUUGCUUGACUCGAUCGCUUCAUAUAUAUUAUAUAUAGUUUAACAAACGUUUUGCAACAAGUAUUAGCUGGAUAAACGACUCCUAAGUGGUGGACAAUGCUUCCUUAUAUGUAUGUACUAGCACAAAGGCAGUGCCUUCCGUGACUGUAAGCCCAAUGCGACGUGUAAGAGUCUUGGCCUUGCAUCUGCGAAACGCACUGCACAUGUUAUGAAAAACAGUUUUUUGCUUUUGUUUAAACUUUGACGUUCCCUAUUAAUUUAUCUAACUUAACAAGAAAUGUAAUAGAGAUUAGUGUAUUAGUUUCAAAGUAAAAUUGAAAUAUUGAAAAUAUUCAAUUUUUAGAUAUUCCCAAAGAACUAAAGCAAAAAGUUUUCCAAAAUGUGACUUACCAAACAAAAUGUAUAAAAACGAAAAAAAAAAAAAAAUUAAUGUUUACGAAAAACAUAUUUUAUGUAUAUAUGCUUCAAUUGGCUUGCAGGAACAAGAUUUAACAGAAAAUGUAUAAACUAUGUUUUAGUUACGCAAAUAUUUCAAGAAAACCAUUAUUGUCCAA